AUGUCAGGACUGACCAGUGCAGCCAACUUCUUGACCACGUCGGGCGGAUCCUCCGAGACAAGUGUGUCGGUGAUGCGAGAUUUAUAUUCGACUGGCACAAGAUUUAGAUCCACCAUAUUGGAUGAAUGGGGCACGUCCAGGACCAUAUCGGCAGUGCGUCUCGCUUUUUGGGAUAAUAACGUGGAGAAAGCCUACUUUACGUUCAGUACCAUGGGAAAGACAGUGUCUACCUGGAUGGACUGUAACAACAUCAUCGAUUCAAGCUAUACGGAUAUAUUUACAGAAACUAUCAUCACCUGCCAAAUUUCAAACGGCGGAAGAAAUUUCAUUAUCCAGAGAGGAUACGGAGGCUGUGAAAGUGAAAACGGCUGGUUAGUUGUCAAGGAUACGGACGCUGACGAAGGAUGUGCCUGGGACCCUGCCUAUAGCUACGUUAGACUAUUAUAUGCCCCGGGAACGACGUACACAACCUGGGAUGCGAGCAAGUCGGAUGCCGAUGCCGUCACACUGUCAGUGAUGGAAUGGCACAUGGUAUUUAAAGGGAUAGAAGGAAUAACACCUAGUGCCGGUUCCCUGCAGAGUUCAUGGGAGGGAUCAACUCUCGAGAACGACGGAGUAAGCGCUGCACGAACCCUGACUACUUCUCCAAGUAGCCACUAUAAGGACGGACUUGCUGAGAUUUGGACGGAAGAUUUCACACUCAUUGAACAAGUAAAGUAUGCAUUCUUCAAUGAUGGAGAGGAAAAAGCUUACGUUGUCUUUAAAGCUAUGGAUUCUACCAAAACGUCAUUUUUUGCGGCGACAAAUAUAAUUGCUAGCAAGUACACGGACUUGACGACAUCGGCCCCUCUUUACUGCAGUAUUGGCGGCGACACUGUGCGACAGUUUGCGGUGACGGAUGCCCAUGGUGGAUGUACGUCCGACUACCACUGGAUGCUGGUAAUGGAUGCUGGAGCGGACAGUAAACCCUGCGGGUUUGACCAGGACGUGACAACCAGGCCGUACUUCCUCUACAGCAACGGAACAACCAGUGUGGCUCCGGACUCAGCAACAUCGACUUGGAACAGUGGUGGAUUCCCGUCAGCCAAUGUGAUGGGACUGUUCGUCAAAGGUUGGUUUCCGGUAAUGAAGGUGGCGUAUGGACAAUCGACCUCGCCAGCAAGUAGUAUAUAUUAUCUGUGGAUCUCUUCAUCUAGCUCCUACAAUAUAAACGAGUUCGAUUCUAGCGCUUAUUCCUUCAGUUCCGGCACACCCAGUUACCGGUCAAGAAUCGUCGAAAAUUGGACCAGUUACUAUAUCAGUGCGGUGAGGAUAUCCAUGAUCAAGAGUGGGUCCGAGGCUGCCUUCCUCGUGUUCGAUGGCCACGCGUCUAGUCGAACAGACUGGUUAUCGUGUUCUGAAAGACUGCUGUACAGUAGUUAUAGUGACCUCAACCGCGGUAGUACCCAUAACUACUGUUCAGUCAUCGGGGCUUCCUCUUACGGCCGAAGAUUCUUUGUGGAGAACAGUUACGGCGGAUGCGACGGGGACGCGGGUUGGAUGGUGGUAUCCGAGUCUGGUGGAUCCUGUGACUGGGAAAACUCGUAUACCAAUCCCUACGUCCUAUACAGCGACACCGGUAGCACACAUGAAACGAAUGCCGGUAUGGCCUUAGCGGAUGUCUUUGUCAUAUCAGUUGCAUUCGAGGAUUUCUGCAAUCUGAGUCCAUGCCAAAACGGAGCCACUUGCUAUGACAGAGGAGUUCGGUUUCAGUGUGUGUGUGACGGGGAAUACUAUGGAGCCGUGUGUGACAAUCUUGACGCCAACUGGACGGCCUGGAGUGACUGGACAACCUGUAGCACUUCCUGUCAUGAUCAGGGAACACACAGUCGCUCUAGGUCAUGCACCAACCCGGUGGCGGCCGGAAAUGGGAUCACCUGUACCGGCACUUCCUCUGAGAGUGAAGUCUGCGAUCCUGUGAGCGAAGCGUGUCCACUAUACUCAAGUGGUACCAUAUCAAAAGGAAACAGCUACACGAUGACGUGCCCAGCAACAUUCACGAUAUAUACCCAGACAGCGUACUACGGUCGCUACAGUAGCUAUUCUGACUGCUACGAUACCAGCUCCCUCUCCCGAGUACAGAAUCGGUGUGACGGCGAAGUGUCAUGUACUGUAAGCUUUGAUGAUUCUCUGUUCACCGGAUACACUAGCAGUAACUGUGACGAUUGUUCGGUCAGCUAUUCAUGUACUGACUCCUACAUCAGUGGAUACGCGACUUUUAAAUGCGGACGUACGGGAGGUGUGAGUACAUGGCAGCCUUGGUCAUUGUGCUCACAGACCUGUGGGGGCGGGACGCGAACUAGGAGUCGCACAUGUGACAAUCCCCUACCGAUAGACCCGGGGACCGGAUGUACGGAAACACUUGACGACAGCAAAUCCUGCUUCACCAACGAAUGUCCAGUGUGUGGAGAGCAUGCAUCCGGUUACAAGGACUUUGAGCCAUCAAAUAUGACGGCGUAUAACGACUCAACCGCAGGAGUUGGCUUCCUGCUGACCAACACAUGGUGGGAAAUUAUCUGCUGUGAAGUGUUGGAAGCCAUUGAGUUCAUGCCGUUACACGAGGGAACAGUAACUUUUAUUGUGUGGAGGGCAUCUGGUAGUACCUAUAUUGUCGUGGCGACGGCGUCAUAUGUUGUAACGGCGUCAGAUGCCAAUGGCACCGUGGCAGUAAACUACACAUUUCCAAUUGGUCAGCGAAUGAUAACUAAAACGGGCGACAAUGUCGGAUGGUAUACAUCCGGACCGAAUCUGAUUCCAUUUAUAACCUGUACGGGGGAGGAAACUUGUCCAAAUGCAACCAAGAAAGCUCCAUUUGCUUCUGAGCCAACUGCUGGGGAUUCGUUUGCUUGGAACACCAACGGGGGCGUGGAAACACUCACGGACAGGGCAUAUGCAAUUAAGUUUUACACGAACCAAAAUACUGCACCUUACGUAAACCAGACCGACUAUUCAGCUUUUGUUAAGGAUCAUGAACCUGUUGGAACAUUUGCUAUAGACUACGCGAUAUUUACUGACGAAGUUGGCGACCCUCUUACCCAUUCUAUCAGUCACCCAGAGGACUACUUUGAAUUAAACUCAACUUUUGACCCAACACGGCUGUUCCUGCAAGUGAAACGGGCACUGCCGAAAGAUUACAAUGUUUACAGUAUACGACUAACAUCUACAGACACAUGUAGCCAAUCAAUCACCACUACCUACACUUUAACUACGUAUAAUGCGCCUCCUGUUUACCUAAAUCUUCCGACGGAACUUACUAUCGCAGAGGAUGUGUCUGGAGCUAAGCUGAUUUGGCAGGUAGAUGUGUAUGACCCUUCCAACAACGACUCUAUAUGCUGUACUCUGGCGAAAGUGGAACCAGCCACCUUCAACUUUGAAAUGAAAUUCACAAAUAAUUCAUUCAACAUAUUUCUAACAGCAAGCGCCGCCUUUGACUACAAAGAAAUAAGCGAUUUCUAUAAACUUAGAGUAUGCUGUUCCGAUGACACAGGGACAUCGAUGAGUUUCAUUGACAUCGAUAUUACAAACAUCGUUAUCAAAGAGGCCUACCUCCCACCCACCUGGUUUUUCCUCGCAAUGAUGUGUAGUCUUAUACCCAUCAUGAUCACCUUCAUUAUCGCAUGCACCAUUCUGUUUGCUACAAUGUUUUGCGAUCCGGAAUUAAAUUAUGUCAUCGUCUACGAAGAUUAGUGGAGAUCUAUUCUGGAUUAUAAGUAAACUUAUAUAAAAGUCAACGACGAGGAACUUUCUACAAACCGGCAAAUCACCUUCAUUAUCGCUUACAUCGUUCUGUUUGCUACAAUGUUUUGCGAUCCGGAAUUAAAUAACAUCAUCAUCAUCAACGAAGAUUAGUGGUGAUCUUUGCUGGAUUAUACGUAAACUGAUAUGAAAGUCAAUGUAACUUUCUGCAAACCGAGCAUUACUUCAUUAUCGUUUGCACCGUUCUGUUUGCGAUCCGGAAUCAAAUUACGUCAUCAUCAACGAAGAUUAGUGGUGAUCUUUUCUGAUAUGAAAGUCAGUGUAACUUUCUGCAAACCGACAAAUCUUUUUAUAUGGAUUAUAAGCGUCAUACAUCAAUGUGUAAUUAUAUACGGACACUGAAAUUAAUUAAUAUUUGUGAUAUCGACAAAGGAAUCGUACUUGGGUUUUUUAGUCUUGUUGACGCUUAUUUCCUAAGACACUAUAAAAUACGGAUACAACAGAAGUAUCAACAUUUACAUUGUGAGCUUAUAUAUAAGAUAACGGUUAUAUUAACCUCUGUUACUGAUAUUCGCAAAUGGAUUUAAGCACAGGAGAAAAGCUGCUGGUUCUAUUAUUGAUGCAUUAAGUGCAAACAAAAGCAGAUGUGUGAACAUGUCAAACGGCUAUUCUGGAACUUCAUUCUUAUGUUAAGAAUUUUAUUUUUUUUUACAGGGGGAAAGUGGCCAAAUAUCUGAUUGACCAAAUUUCCAAUUUGACAACAUGUUUAAGGUGUACAACAAAGUCAUUUUUUCAGCCAACGCUUGGUCACUAGGUCUAUGUUGCAAAGAUCUAGAUGGGUGAAUAGACACUAAAGCUUUUUGUAAAAACAUGUAUUGUCAAAAGUCAUAUGACAUAUGACUUUAAACGACUUUCAUUUCCUUCCAAACAAAAUGUUAAUCCGGAUAUUGAUUUCUUGAUAGUAUUUCUGGAUUAAACGAGCCUUGAUUGUUACUGUACGAUAGUGAUGUAUGUUCAUUGUUGAUGACGGAUUGGUUACAGUUGGCAAAAACGAUACGUGUUGUAUCGUCAAUGAAGAUACAAAUAUGUUACGUAUUUAUCUUGGCAAGUUGUUACUUACCUAUUUUAUAUACUAACAAGUGAUACGCAAAUAAGACAUUUAUAAUGUUUUGCCUUUUCACAAACACGACACACAUAUAUAACCGACACAUGGAUUUUAUCCCUGGUUCUAUAAAUUAUAAAUCAAAGGUCUUAUUCUCUUCACUACUGGUCAUAGUUGUAAUGUACAUGAUUACAGUAAAUUUAUUCAGAAUUAUUUCAAAAUAUCAUAACUCCCUAAAAUAAUCUGCUACUAAGAAUUGUCUUUAAAUGAAUUUUGUAGAAAUUACCUAAA